CCUUUUUCCUUUUUCUUUUAUAUAUAUAUAUUUAAAUGCUCAAAAGGUCAAGUCUAUUAUCACCAUCUCAUUGGAAUAAAAUGAGUACAAACAACAGCAGUAUUACGAGUAACAGCAGUGGUAUCAGUCAUAGUUCUCAUCUCGACCCUAUUCACCCACUUGCAAGUAAUCAAGUCAUAAUGACCAACAGUAUCAUAAAAGACUAUGACGCUGACUCAGGAAACAAAAUAAUCAACCACUAUAUGGUCAUCAAAGAGAUAGGAAGAGGAGUUCACGGCAAAGUUAAACUGGCUCAGGAUAUGAAUACAGGAAGCUAUGUGGCUAUAAAGAUAAUAGAUAAAAAGAAUAGAAAAAGACAGAUGGGAUACAGUCUGCUGAGAGGAAACAACAACAAUAAUAAUAUGUGCUUACUGGCAUCCAAAGAGAAUGAAUUGAAAAUUAAGCGCGAAAUAUCAAUUUUGAAAAAAUGCAGACACCCCAACGUGGUUCAACUGAUUGAAGUGAUGGAUCAUCCAGAGAGCCGAAAGCUCUAUAUGGCAUUAGAAUAUAAUGAGUAUGGCGAGAUCGAGUGGAGAGACGAAAACGAUAGGCCUAUAUUGACAAUAGACGAAGCAAGGAAAAUAUUUAGGGAUAUAGUAAACGGACUGGACUAUUUACAUUACCAAGGCAUCAUUCAUCGUGACAUCAAACCAGCCAAUUUGCUACUCUCUCACAACCAUGUUGCCAAAAUAUCAGACUUUGGUGUGUCAUAUUAUAAUGAGCUCUUGGCUGUCGAUUGCCCUAUUGAGCCUACUGAAGAGAUGCUGAGCAAGAUGGAAAAAGAGUUGGCCGAAACCGCAGGCACCCCCGCAUUUUUUGCUCCUGAACUAUGCUAUGCAGGUGACUCAUGUGGCAAGAGACCUCGUAUCUCAAAAGCUAUCGACGUCUGGGCCUUAGGUGUCACCUUGUUUUGCUUCAUCUUUGGUCAAUGCCCAUUUACGGCAUCCACCGAGUUUGAGCUCUUUGAUACCAUCCCAACUCAACCACUGACGUUUCCUUCAGUUGACCAGGUCGGUUUUCAAAUUGACGAUGAUUUAAAAGAUUUACUGAGCAAGCUACUCGAAAAGAAUCCCGAAAAGAGGAUUACAUUGGAUCAAGUUAAAACUCAUCCCUGGGUAACCAAUGGUUUAGAAGACCCAAAGGAUUGGCUCAUUCGAUCCAACCCUACGACUUAUACCGCUCCUGUCAUUCACGAAGAUCCUUCUUCGACUACCCUCAUGGACCGUCUGCGUCAGUCCAUUCGAAAGCUAUCUUUCUCAUUCGGUAAUAGCCGACGCAAAUCCUCUCGAAAGCCCUCAACAACAACAACAACAACAACAACGAGGCCAUUGUCUUAUCAAUUACCUCCAAGUACCAGUAAUGCGGCAACUAAUCAUCAUCAUAUGCAUCGUCUCUCUCAACCUACUAUGAAUAAACAACUCUCCUAUUCCACUUCAUUAUUACCCCAUGCGACCAACUCGGUGACUCCAACCGUUUCAUUAUCCACCGGCCAUACAUUGAUCAUGAACUCUGGCCUGUCUACUAGUAUUAUACCCCAACCACCUUUGAAACCCAUCUCAGCUGCAGCAAGUGAUGAGGAUGACGAUAUUGAACAUGAGUACUACUCUCUCAAACGACCUGGUUAUAACCGACGUGUCUCUACUGCCUCUUCUUCUGCUUCUUCUGGUCUUGGCUUAACAUUUGGUCGAUACCGUGGUAUGACACCAGUAGAAGUACCCAAGUAA